AUGGCUCAUGUACUGCCUUCCCUUCCAGAACCCAACGUCUUCCUCAUCUUCAGCCAUGGACUUCAGGGCUGCCUGGAGGCCCAGGGUGGGCAGGUCAGAGUCACCCCAGGCUGCAAUGCCAGUCUCCCUGCUCAGCGCUGGAAAUGGGUCUCCCGAAACCGGCUCUUCAACCUGGGCGCCAUGCAGUGUCUGGGCACAGGCUGGCCGGGCACCAACAUCACAGCCUCCCUGGGCAUGUAUGAGUGUGACCGGGAGGCAGUGAAUCUUCGGUGGCACUGUCGUACCCUGGGUGACCAGCUGUCCCUGCUCCUGGGGGCCCGCACCAGCAAUGUGUCAAAGCCUGGCACCCUUGAGCGUGGUGACCAGACCCGCGGUGGCCAGUGGCGCAUCUACGGCAGCGAGGAGGAUCUGUGUGCUCUGCCCUACUAUGAGGUCUACACCAUCCAGGGGAACUCCCACGGGAAGCCGUGCACCAUCCCCUUCAAAUACGACAACCAGUGGUUCCAUGGCUGUACCAGCACGGGCCGUGAGGAUGGGCACCUGUGGUGUGCCACCACCCAGGACUAUGGCAAAGACGAGCGCUGGGGCUUCUGUCCCAUCAAGAGUAAUGACUGUGAGACCUUCUGGGACAAGGACCAGCUGACUGACAGCUGCUACCAGUUUAACUUCCAGUCCACGCUGUCGUGGAGGGAGGCCUGGGCCAGUUGCGAGCAGCAGGGGGCGGAUCUGCUGAGCAUCACCGAGAUCCAUGAGCAGACCUACAUCAACGGGCUCCUCACGGGGUACAGCUCCACACUGUGGAUUGGCCUGAAUGACCUGGACACCAGCGGAGGCUGGCAGUGGUCGGACAACUCGCCCCUCAAGUAUCUCAACUGGGAGAGUGAUCAGCCCGACAACCCUAGCGAAGAGAACUGUGGGGUGAUCCGCACCGAGUCAUCCGGCGGCUGGCAGAACCGCGACUGCAGCAUCGCGCUGCCCUAUGUGUGCAAGAAGAAGCCCAACGCCACCGCCGCCCAGCCCACCCUGCCAGACAGGUGGGCCAACGUGAAGGUGGAGUGCGAGCCCAGCUGGCAGCCCUUCCAGGGUCACUGCUACCGCCUGCAGGCCGAGAAGCGCAGCUGGCAGGAGUCCAAAAAGGCGUGUCUGCGGGGUGGUGGCGACCUGCUCAGCAUCCACAGCAUGGCAGAGCUGGAGUUCAUCACCAAGCAAAUCAAGCAAGAGGUGGAGGAGCUAUGGAUCGGCCUCAACGAUUUGAAACUUCAGAUGAAUUUUGAAUGGUCUGAUGGGAGCCUUGUGAGCUUUACCCACUGGCACCCCUUUGAGCCCAACAACUUCCGGGACAGCCUGGAGGACUGUGUCACCAUCUGGGGCCCGGAAGGCCGCUGGAAUGACAGUCCUUGUAACCAAUCCUUGCCAUCCAUCUGCAAGAAAGCAGGCCAGCUGAGCCAGGGGGCCGCUGAGGAGGACCACGGCUGCCGCAAGGGUUGGACAUGGCACAGCCCAUCCUGCUACUGGCUGGGAGAGGACCAGGUGCCCUACAGUGAGGCCCGGCGCCUGUGCACUGACCACGGCUCUCAGCUGGUCACCAUCACCAACAGGUUCGAGCAGGCCUUUGUCAGCAGCCUCAUCUACAAUUGGGAGGGCGAGUACUUCUGGACGGCCCUGCAGGACCUCAACGGCACUGGCUCCUUCUGCUGGCUCAGUGGGGAUGAGGUCACGUACACCCACUGGAACCGGGACCAGCCUGGGUACAGCCGUGGGGGCUGUGUGGCCCUGGCCACGGGCAGCGCCAUGGGGCUGUGGGAGGUGAAGAACUGCACCUCGUUCCGGGCUCGCUACAUCUGCCGGCAGAGUCUGGGCACACCAGUGACGCCAGAGCUGCCGGGGCCAGACCCCACACCCAGCCUCACUGGCUCCUGUCCCCAGGGCUGGGCCUCGGACCCCAAACUCCGGUACUGCUAUAAGGUGUUCAGCUCAGAACGGCUGCAGGACAAGAAGAGCUGGAUCCAGGCCCAGGGGGCCUGUCAGGAGGUGGGGGCCCAGCUGCUGAGCCUGGCCAGCUAUGAGGAGGAGCAUUUUGUGGCUGAUAUGCUCAACAAGAAUUUUGGUGAAUCUGAGCCUGAGAUCCAUGAGCAGCACUGGUUCUGGAUCGGCCUGAACCGUCGGGACCCUGGUGGGGGUCAGAGUUGGCGCUGGAGCGACGGACUGGGGUUUUCUUACCACAAUUUCGACCGGAGCCGGCACGACGACGACAACAUCCGGGGUUGUGCAGUACUGGACCUGGCCUCCCUGCAGUGGGUGGCCCUGCAGUGCGAGUCGCAGCUGGACUGGAUCUGCAAGAUCCCUAGAGGCACUGACGUGCGGGAGCCUGAUGUCAGCCCGGAAGGCCGGAGGGAAUGGCUGCGCUUCCAGGAGGCGGAGUACAAGUUUUUCGAGCACCACUCCACGUGGGCACAGGCGCAGCGCAUCUGCACGUGGUUCCAGGCCGAGCUGACCUCCGUGCACAGCCAGGCCGAGCUGGACUUCCUGGGGCACAACUUGCAGAAGUUCUCCCUGGGCCAGGAGCAGCACUGGUGGAUCGGCCUGCAUACCUCGGAGAGCGACGGGCGCUUCAGGUGGACAGAUGGUUCCAUUAUAAACUUCAUCUCCUGGGCACCCGGAAAGCCCCGGCCUGUUGGCAAGGACAAGAAGUGCGUGUAUAUGACAGCCAGCCGAGAGGACUGGGGGGACCAGAGGUGCCUGACAGCCUUGCCUUACAUCUGCAAGCGCAGCAACAGCACCAGAGAGACACAGCCCCCAGACCUGCCACCUACACCUCUGGGGGGCUGCCCCUCUGGUUGGAACCAGUUCCUCAACAAGUGUUUCCGAAUCCAGGGCCAGGACCCCCAGGACCAGGUGAAGUGGUCAGAGGCACAGUUCUCCUGUGAACAGCAAGAGGCCCAGUUGGUCACAAUUGCAAACCCCUUAGACCAAGCAUUCAUCACAGCCAGCCUGCCCGGUGUGACCUUUGACCUUUGGAUUGGCCUCCACGCCUCGCAGAGGGACUUCCAGUGGGUGGAGCAGGAGCCUCUUCUGUAUGCCAACUGGGCACCUGGGGAGCCCUCUGGCCCCAGCCCUGCUCCCAGCGGCAACACACCGACCAGCUGUGCGGUGGUCCUGCACAGCCCCUCAGCCCACCUCACUGGUCGCUGGGACGAUCGGAGCUGCACGGAGGAGACACAUGGCUUCAUCUGCCAGAAGGGCACGGACCCCUCCCUGAGCCCAUCCCCAGCAGCGUCGCCCCCUGCCCCGGGCACUGAGCUCUCCUACCUCAACGGCACCUUCCGGCUGCUGCAGAAGCCGCUGCGCUGGCACGACGCCCUCCUGCUGUGCGAGAGCCGCAACGCCAGCCUGGCCCGCGUGCCUGACCCCUACACCCAGGCCUUCCUCACGCAGGCUGCCCGAGGGCUGCGCACGCCGCUCUGGAUCGGGCUGGCCAGUGAGGAGGGCUCCCGGCGGUACUCCUGGGUCUCUGAGGAGCCGCUGAGCUAUGUGAGCUGGCCGGACGGUGAACCCCAGCAGUCAGGAGGCUGUGCCUACGUGGACGUGGACGGGGCCUGGCGCACCACCAGCUGCAGCACCAAGCUGCAGGGGGCUGUGUGUGGGAUUAACAGUGGACCUCCUCCUCCCCGAAGAAUAAGCUACCAUGGCAGCUGUCCCCAGGGGCUGGUGGACUCAGCCUGGAUUCCCUUCCGGGAGCACUGUUACUCCUUCCACAUGGAGCUGCUGCUGGGCCACAAGGAGGCGCUGCAGCGCUGCCAGAGAGCGGGUGGGGCGGUCCUGUCCAUUCUGGAUGAGAUGGAGAACGUGUUUGUGUGGGAGCACCUGCAGAGCUCCGAGGGCCAGAGUCGGGGCGCCUGGCUGGGCAUGAACUUCAGCCCCAAAGGAGGCACCCUGGUCUGGCAGGACAACACAGCUGUGAACUACUCCAACUGGGGGCCCCCGGGCCUGGGCCCCAGCAUGCUGAGCCACAACAGCUGCUACUGGAUCCAGAGCAGCAGCGGGCUGUGGCGCCCCGGCGCCUGCACCAACAUCACCAUGGGCGUCGUCUGCAAGCUCCCUCGCGCCGAGGAGAGCAGCUUCUCCCCGUCAGCCCUCCCAGACAACCCGGCGGCCCUGGUGGUAGUGCUGAUGGCAGUGCUGCUGCUCCUGGCCCUGCUGACUGCGGCCAUCAUCAUCUAUCGGAGGCGACAGAACGUUGAGCGUGGGGCCUUCGAGGGCGCCCGCUACAGCCGCAGCAGCUCGGGCCCCGGCGAGGUCACUGAGAAGAACAUCCUGGUGUCUGACAUGGAAAUGAACGAGCAGCAGGACUAGAGCCAAGGGCAUGGGCAGGGCCGGGGGCGGGUCAGCUGGGCCUCCCACCAGCUACCAGU